UCUUGUUCCUCCCUAACUUUUCAUUUAAUUUUCUAAAUUAUUUUUCCUAAAUUCCAAAAUUGAAAUACUCUUUUUCUCUUAUAUAAUAUCCAAACAUUGGAACGUUUAAUAUUUCUGGCAGUCUUUAUUUUAUCAUAUUAAGCUAAGGAUAUAUGUUUAUAUUGAGAAAUUAUGUCGAAUAAGUGUGCAGUGUUCACGAAUCUUGAGUGUUUGCCAGUGGACAUACUAACUAUACCAGUAACAAAUGCGGGCGUUAUACAGCAAGUCAAAGCACUGGACACAUUUUGGGUGGAGAAGAGAGACUUCAUUUUGUAUGAGAGUCCUCCUUUAGGUAAUGCUAUAAUUCUGGGAGCGGCCUCAGCAUGGAAGUCAAAGAUGGAAGUUUAUUUAGACAAUCUGAAGUGGCUGCUUAGUUUAGAGCAUCACAGGUUUUGGAGUACCAUCCUAUAUCAUCCACAAUGUAUGGACAGUUUAGUAUCAUUUUUACAAGAGGCAAAUCCACCAUACAUACCACUACAUGAUAGUAGAGAAAUAGAACAAUUAUAUGAAGAAAUAAGAAGAUUAGUGCUCAUUAUUUUUAGCAGACUUGUGACAAAUAAAGAAAGCAAGACCCAAUGGAUGACCAAAGAAUUCAUGGCGGACGUUUUGUACAACAAUUUUAUAUUUACAAUACCAAUUAUAUGGGAUAUAUGUUUGACGUAUGGGGCGGACAACAGUCGCCACGUGUCGCGUAUUCUGGAGAGCGUGUUCGCGCUGCAGCCGAGAUAUGAAGGUGAUGCCACGGCUGCAGUCGCUUUUGUUAAUGAGACCUUCAAAUAUAUAAUUCUACAAGUCAACAAAGAUUAUGAUAAUGAUGAACCACCCAAUCUUCCUGAAACGUUUAAAGGCUUCAGUGAGAUAAAACGACCUUCAAACUCGAAGAAUCAGGAUAAACUCACGUUAGAUAUGCUGAAAGAUCUGGUUAUACACAUGUUAGACACGGCACUGACACUAAGGAUAUUUCUGGAAGUCUACCCGAAGAGUGUUAAGAUAUUUAGGAAAACAAAUUUUGUAAUCAGUAUAGUCCAAGUGUACGAGUACGGUAUACCGUUGCUAUAUGAGCGAAUACAGGAGUUAGCCGAGGCGAGCCACGUGGGCGAGGUUGGUGGCCACGUGGCUGAGGUGACUGGCCACGUGGACGCCGCCCGUGCGGAGCUCGUUGACUGCUUCCGAGAGGUGCUCGCCAUCUACAAGAACGCUAUAUUUAGCGACGCAGGUAACAUAUCUACACAUGUAGAAGACUUCUUGGCUGUGAUGAUGGAUGGGCUGUCGGAGAAGCUGCUCAUCCGUGAUUACCACGCCUGCUAUCCAGUCCAUGAAGACCUGGAGAUGCUGCGGCAGGUGUAUCCUGAUAUUGAUACCGUAAAGACUGAUUUUAUACUACAAGCCAUUUAUUCCAAUCUGGACGACACUGUACCUGAAACUAUUAAACAAAAUGGCGUCGUGGCGAAUGGCCAUGCUGUAGCAGUAGACUACCAAGACGCAGGCCCGUCCACAGACAACGAAAUACCAGAUAAUAUUAAACAAGAGUCUUUGAUCAGUGAAGUGAAAGAUAUAUUACCGCACCUAGGUGAUGGUUUCAUAUUGAAAUGUUUAGAGCACUAUGGUUUUAAUUCGGAGAGAGUUAUAAAUAGUAUAUUGGAAGAUAAUUUGGCUGAACCUUUGAAAAAGUUAGACCAGACCCUGCCAAUAGUGCCGGAGGAUCCCCUGGACAAGCACUUCCUCAACACCGGCAUACAACGAUUGAACGUGUUCGAUGGCGACGAGUUCGACAUAAUGACGCGGGACGACGUGGACCUGUCGCGAAUACACGUCGGCAAGAAGAAGUCCAAGUACAAGGACCUAGGGGACAUGCUGGACGACAAGAUGGACGUGAAACAGAGGAUCGAUAUAUAUAGCAAAUACAACCUGGUGUGCGAGGAAACGGCCAUGUACUCAGACGAGUAUGACGAUACGUACGACGCGGAGGGCGUGGAGCCGCCCAGGGCCGCGACCGAGGAUGACGAGCGGAGGCCCUUCGUGGCGCCGCGCGUACUGCAGACUGCGCGCCGCACGCAACAUGAGGAAUCUGAAGAAGAAUCUGAAGUGGAAGAGGAGAAACCGAGCGGAAGUGAAAGGAACAGGCUGGACUUCUGCUCCAACCCGGAGGAGAUACGCGCCAGGAGAGAGGCUAACUUCCAAGCAAGGAGAGGGAAGGGACACCGACCACCACCGCCUAGCAAUGUGGAUGUGGUGGGGAAACCUCGAGGUCAAGGUCAAGAGAAGGACGUGGUACACAACAGGGAGAAGAAAGAGAAGCACAAGUCCUCGCGAGCCAACCACAACAGGCGUCAGGGCGCGCAGUGGAAACGGACCCAAGGACUUAUACCCUCAUAGUACAGUAUUAACUGUUCAAUCUCCAUUACUAUAAUUGUAGCACGGACGUUAAAACAUCAAAAUCUGGUUUCUCAAAUAUAAAGCUGAGCGCUAGCGGAAGAACUAUACGUAGAGUAUAUAUAAGCAAUCUAUAGAAAGAAAAUUUAAAAAAAAAAAACGCUCACACACAUGCACACAAACAUGCACACAUGCAAUAUCGCGCACGUGCACACACAUACACGCAAAUUCAUGUGCGACACUAUUACAACUACAGACGCACGCACUCACAGUUAUACAAUAUGAAAUAAAUAAUGGGAAUAAUAUAUACCCCUUUGCUACAUUUUUAUACCAUGCUAUUGCAUAGCAUUAUAUAUAAUCUCCAUAUAUUUUUAUAUACUUAAAUUAGCUUAAACAAUACUAUUAAGGUUAUUUUCUAUGCAUAAGUGAAAAUAACAGUACCUAAUUGAAAGUCUGAUAAAUGUCUUUUAAAAGUUAUAAAAUAAAUGAAACUCACAUUGACACCAUUACACGAAUAAAUGCCAAUUAGGGUUAGUUCUUUUUAGGGGUAGGCCCUUUGAUCUAUAAAGGGUUCAAGAGCUCUAUUACCUUCAGUAAUGCUAUAAUAUAGUAUUCGGUAACGCUGCAGAUGCUUUUAGUGAUGAUUAGUGCAUAGAGACAGUCCGUUAUUCAAACAAGCUCUUUAUUAUAGCCGUCUUACAUAAAAUUAUUAAUAAAAAAAAAUAUUAAAAUACGUAUCGUAGUAUUUUUAUCAGUGAGAACUCAGAUAUUACGAUUCAUCGGAUAUCUGCCGUUUGAUUGGCGGAUUGGUUGAUACGCCCCGCCUCUUUUGGAAAUGCACCAAUGGAAAGGUCUUUCUGUAAAUGCUUUUCGUUAUGAUUAGUAGAUAUAGACAGACCGUUAUUCAUACGAACUUUUUUACCAUAGCCACGUAAAUUAACAAGUAUAUGUAAUAUAGUCUUAUAAUAUAAUAAAAAAAGGAAUGUGUGCUGGGGCACAGUAGAAGUGAAACUUCAACGGACAAUGCGAUAUAUC